CAAUUGAAACUAAACAAAGUUUGGUUUAGAGCAUUAAUUGACAGCUUUUGUCAUAUGCAAGCCAUGGAUUCAAGCUCUUACACCCACUCACUCCUUUCCUUUGUUAUCAUUUUGGUUUUGAGUCCCUUGGCCUCUAGCCAACUUGAUUACAAGUUUUAUGAUUCUACUUGUCCAAACCUAACAAAGAUUGUUAGGUAUGGUGUUUGGUCUGCUAUGGGCAAUGAAACUAGAAUGGCAGCCUCUCUUCUACGUUUGCACUUCCAUGAUUGUUUUGUCAAUGGAUGCGAUGGAUCUAUUUUGCUGGACGAUACAAGCAGCUUUACUGGUGAGAAAAACGCUGGGCCUAAUCGAAUGUCUGCUAGAGGUUUUGAGGUUAUUGAUGCCAUCAAAGCUAAUGUGGAGAAGUCUUGCCCUUCAACUGUCUCCUGUGCUGAUAUCUUGACUCUUGCAGCAAGAGAAUCUGUCUAUCUCACAGGAGGGCCUUACUGGUCUCUACCAUUAGGAAGGCGAGAUGGCACGACGGCAAGCCAAACUGCAGCUAAUCAGCAGAUACCAUCACCUUUGGAGCCUUUAGAAAACAUCACAGCAAAAUUUACUUCAAAAGGUCUGGAAAUGAAGGAUGUUGUUGUGCUCUCAGGUGCACACACCAUAGGAUUUGCAAAGUGCAGCACCUUCAAGCAAAGGCUCUUUAACUUCAACAGCACAGGUAAUCCAGAUCCAACACUUGGAUCAUCACUUCUCAAGGAUUUACAGAGUACAUGCCCAGAUCAAGAUAGUUCAGACAGUAACUUGGCAGCACUUGACCCAGUAACAGCUAAUAAGUUUGAUAAUGUAUAUUAUAAGAACCUUGUGAACAAUUCAGGGCUUCUGCAAUCAGAUCAAGCUCUUAUGGGAGAUUCUAACAGUGCAGCCAUGGUUAAUAACUAUAACAAGUACCCUUACCUGUUCUACAAUGAUUUUGGGGCAUCUAUGGUAAAGAUGGGAAAGAUAGGUGUGCUCACAGGCACAAAUGGAGAGAUAAGGAAGAACUGUCGCGUGGUUAACUAAAUAAUGCAUUAUUUUUACAUGCUACACAGGCAAUGCUUGGUAGCUUAGAACACAGAGAUUGUAACAACAGUACUGGAAAGAUAAGUAUACGUGAAGUACGUAUAACUUGUUCUAUUAAUAAAAGCUUUUUUUCUUUGUUGGGU